AUUUUGCCCCAAGUUUAUUAUGCUGUAUUUUACCCCAAGUUUAUUAUGCUGUAUUUUACCCCAACUGUCCCACCCGUUUUGCACAAACAAGCGAAAAGCAAAAGCGAGCUACGUCGCAUCUCUCCCGGUCUUCCCUAUUUUUCCGAGUAUUUUUCAUCGAUUUCAGCGGAGAUCUUCUCCAACGUUUCAACCUAACGAAAAAUUGAGAGAGAGCAUGUCGAUUGAUUUACUAUUGAAGCCGUUUUGUAGCGGCUGUGGAUCGACUGAGGAACUGUACGGUAGCACUUGCAAGCAUUUGACUCUCUGUGUUUCAUGUGGCAAAACCAUGGCCCAGAACCACGCCACUUGCUACGAGUGCGGCGCCACCAUCACUAAAUUGAUUCGGGAAUAUAAUGUUCGGGCAUGCCCUAACAGUGACAAGAAUUACUUCAUAGGUAGAUUUGUAUCUGGCCUACCAACUUUUUCAAGAAAGAAGAAUGUGGACAACAAAUGGGCACUCCAAAAAGAAGGAUUACAGGGACGCCAAGUUACAGAUACCUUGCGGGAGAAGUACAAGAAUAAACCUUGGCUGUUGGAGGAUGAAACAGGCCAGUCUCAGUACCAGGGUGUGCUUGAGGGAGCCCAGUCAGCAACAUACUAUCUCCUAAUGCUACAGGGCAAGGAAUUUGUUGCUAUUCCUGCUGGUUCUUGGUACAAUUUCAACAAAGUAGCACAAUACAAGCAACUUACUCUGGAGGAAGCAGAAGAGAAGAUGAAGAAUAGAAGGAAAACUGCAGAUGGGUACCAGAGAUGGAUGAUGAAAGCCGCAAAUAAUGGACCAGCAGCAUUUGGUGAAGUUGAAAAGUUUGAUGACAAGGAAGGUGGAGCAGGUGGUGGUAGGGGUCGUAAAAAAAAUACUGGUGAUGAUGAUGAAGCCAAUGUCUCAGACAGGGGAGAGGAAGAUGAAGAAGAGGAGGCAGCAAGGAAAAAUAGACUUGGUCUCAACAAAACAAGUGGUGGUGAUGAUGAUGAAGAAGGUCCAAGAGGAGGUGAUCUUGAUUUGGAUGAUGAUGAAAUUGAGAAGGGUGAUGAUUGGGAACAUGAAGAAAUUUUCACUGAUGAUGAUGAAGCUGUUGGAAAUGAUCCUGAGGAACGGGAAGACUUGGCCCCAGAAAUCCCUGCUCCACCAGAAAUAAAGCAGGAUGAAGAGGAUGAGGAUGAAGCUGAGGAAGAGGAGGGAGGAUUAAGCAAAUCUGGGAAAGAGUUGAAGAAGUUGCUUAAGCAAGCUGCUGGGCUGGAUGAUUCGGAUCCUGAGGAUGACGACGACGACGAGGAUAUAGAAGAUGAAGUUGGCCUUUCUCCUGUACUUGCUCCAAAGCAGAAGGAUGCUCCUAAGGAAGAGCCUGUUGACAACAGUCCUUUAAAAUCUGCUUCUUCAGGAUCUGCUCGUGGGACCCCAUCUACUUCUAAAUCAUCAAAAGCAAAGAGAAAAGUGAAUGGCGAAGAUGCAAAAGUAACUAAUGGUGCACCUCCAAAAAAAGCGAAGACAGAAAAUGAAGUAAAACCAAUGAAAGAUGAACCUGCUACUUCAAAAAGUAGUGUGCCUGUGAAAGGUGCAUUGUCGUCAUCAUCAUCUUCAAAACCUGGAUCGACAUCAACCGCUGGAUCCGUUACAGAAGAUGAAAUCAGGGCUGUAUUAAUGCAGAAGACACCAGUGACCACACAGGAUCUUGUUUCUAAAUUCAAAUCCAGACUUAAAUCCAAAGAGGACAAGGAUGCAUUUGCAGCUAUAUUGAGGAGGAUUUCUAAGAUACAGAAGACAAAUGGGGCUAACUUCGUAGUUUUGAGAGAGAAAUAACUUUUGGAGCCUGUUGUUGUGAGUGAGCUUUUGAAAAUUUCAACUGUUCAUUUGUGAUGGGAAUACCGUAGUGCUGGAGAUUGAGGAAACUGAUAUGUGCAAUAGUAGAGUAGUUCUAUUUCUCACAGAAAAUCAAGGAUAUUAAAUGUAGUAAAGAGCGUCUUCAUAACAUGAUGCACCACCCCAUCCUCUUUGUCCCUCUUUACCUCCUACAAGAGAAAAAAGAAAGAAGGGGGGUUGGAAAAGAAAGAAUACGAGAACAUGAAAUGUUCAAGUUCAGUUAACAUGCUUUCUUAUGAUCUUUAUGUACCAUGAAUUACCCACAUAUUUUCAAGUAAGUUGUCCUUACUCAGUUUGUGUUGAUGUGUAGUUUGCUAUCAUUUUUUUGUAUGCAAUUAUGUAGCUACUUGCAGGGCCAGUUUGAUGGAAUCACG